ACGAAAAAAAAACUCAAGAGACGAGAGAAAGAGAGAGUAAUGGAGAGGAUUGUCGAGGUAGCUUAUGGAGCAUCCGUGAAAGCAGUUUUAACGUUGUUGGAGAAGAAUCUGCUGCCGGAUGUUGUCAUAAGGCUACUAACGCGGCUGCUUCUCGCCGGUCGACUUCGUUCCGGUUACAAACCCACGGCGGAGCUGCAACUUUCUGAUCUACUCCGUUUCGUUAACUCUAUAAAAGAGAUGCCUAUAGCAAUAAAUACUGAGAAGCCGAAGACGCAACACUAUGAAUUACCAACCGCUUUCUUCGAACUUGUUCUUGGAAGAAACAUGAAAUACAGCUCAUGUUAUUUCCCAAAGGAUUCAAGUUGCUUAGAAGAAGCAGAGGAAGCAAUAUUGGCUCUAUAUUGCGAAAGAGCUAAAGUGGAAGAUGGACAAAGUGUUCUCGAUGUCGGAUGUGGCUGGGGAUCUUUGUCUUUGUACAUUGCCCGCAAGUAUAUCAAUUGCAAGUUAACCGGUCUUUGCAACUCAAAAACACAGAAAGCAUUUAUCGAUGACCAAUGCAGGAAACUUGGCAUUCAAAAUGUCGAAAUCAUUGUUGGGGAUAAUAGCACUUUUGAGCAUGAAGGGACAUAUGACCGAGUGUUCUCCAUCGAAAUGUUUGAGCAUAUGAAAAACUAUGGAGAGCUUCUGAAGAAAAUUGGAAGCUGGAUGAGGGAAGAUAGUCUUCUGUUUGUUCACUAUUUCUGCCAUAAGACAUUUGCUUACCAUUUUGAGGAUGUGCAUGACGAUGACUGGAUCACAAGAUACUUCUUUAGUGGAGGAACAAUGCCAUCGGCGAAUCUUCUCCUCUAUUUCCAAGACGAUGUUUCGAUUGUGGAUCAUUGGCUCCUAAACGGGAAGCAUUAUGCAAGGACCAGUGAGGAGUGGCUCAAAAGAAUGGACAAGGAGAUAGUUGCAAUAAAGGAGAUAAUGGAAAUGACUUAUGGGAAAGAGGAGGCAGUGAAGUGGAUGGUUUACUGGAGAACCUUCUUCAUGGCAGUUGCUGAGCUUUUUGGAUACAACAAUGGAGAAGAGUGGAUGAUUUCACACUUCUUAUUCAAGAAGAAAUGAUUAUAUCUUUCUUCUCCGAGUAAUCAGUUUAUGAUUUAUCUUUGAAGUUGUGUGGGUGAAAUAAAGAAUACACCAUUCUCUUUCUACUUUCAUUGAUUGUCUUCAUAAGUAAUUUAUUAGUUGCUUACUAAAAGUUGUUCAAUGGAUGUUAAUCUGUUUCAAAGAGACUGUGUUAUUGAGAAACAUGAAGGGUCGAAGAUGUGAAUCUUGAAUCUGUUAUAAACUCUGUUUCCACACAUUUGAAACUGAAGGUUGGAUACAGGAACCGCAAUGAUGUGAAUCUUGAAAAAUACCCAAGAAGUGUUCUGCAAAAGCAAUGCAUCAGAUAUCUCGGACCAAUGAGUUUUUUACCCUCAGAAUCGGCCAUACUAGUUAGCUAGCUUUACCUUCUUAAUUACUCAUUACUCGUGAACGUCUGUUCCUUUCAAACCUACAGAUGGAGACAGAAGAAUACGAAGUAAUAGUGUAAGAUGGGAGACUAUUGUACAAACAGUGCAUGACUCUGAUCAGUUCAACACUUCAAAGUCGAGUUUGUACUUAGCACGACUAGAACCUGAUACGUAACAUAGGGAAUAAAAAUAAAGGUGGUUAUCCAGUCGUGCUUUAAAUUUAUCACUGGAAAUGUAUAUAUGAUUAUGAAUGCAAACACAAUUUUACAUGUUUCAAUAAUUAAUUAAUUUUAUUUUGUUGAUCUAUACAAUUAUUUACGAAGUGAUUUUGCUGAUUUGUCAUAUUUCCCAUGAUUUUAGCUAAUUUUACUUAUUUGUCAUAUUCUUAUUACUUAUUAGAUUAAAUAAUCAGUUUCUUAAUUUAGAUAAUAUAAAUUUUUCAAACUUUCUAAUUAAUUCAUUAAUUUGAAUAAUAUAAAUAUUUCGAAAUUUCUAAUUGGAAUAUGAUUAUAAUUAUUUUAACUUUCACGAGAUUCUUAUUAGUUUUUAGCAUAAAUCAUUAAUUUAUUAAUUUAAAUGAUAUAAAACUAUUUUAAAUUUUCAAACUGGAAUUACAAUUAUAAUUAUUUUACACAAGUUAAGACCAAUUCUUAUUUUCAUAUGAUGUAAGAUGUUUUAAAAUUUUAUAGUUUCAUUUUUCUCAUUCAUUCUAAAUUGUCUCGGUUAUAGUUAUUGACAUAUAUAUUUAUGUAUUUUUGAUAUUUGUUUUUUAGUUGGAAUUCUAUAUUUUUUUCUUUCUUUGAGUUUGAAAGACUAGGAGCAAGUCAGUUUUUUUUACAUGGAGUUUAGAAUUAUGAAUUAAGUAUUAUGAAUUACUUUUGUAGUUAUUUUCCGUGUAUGUUUAAUUAUUGUUUAAUCUAUAAGAAAAAUAUGUUUUGAUAUUAAGUUUAGAGAGUUGCAAAUGUAAUCAUGUUAUGAAACGGCUAAAAUAGAUAUAUUUUUAAUUAAUAAUUAGAUUUAUCAUUAUAUAAUUAACCAUAAUUUAACUUUAAUAAUAAAACUAUCAUUAUCUAUUUUUUCUUUUAUUAAAAGUAAACUUAUGAAAUAUUAAGAUAAGUCAAUGUAUAUAUAUUGAUCAAGUAAACCAAUGAAAUAUUGUCAUUUUCUCAAUUCGUUUUAAGAAAAGAAGUUUUCUUCUAAAUUAUCAUCGAAUUUUAAUUUUUAUUUACUUUUUAUUUAUUUUGUUCUUGCUUGGAUUUUGUGUGUUUUAGUAUUUUUUGGUAAUUUAAUAAAUGUUUCUGAUUCAAAAAUAUAAAGUAGAUUAAAAGAGACCAAAAAUUCACAUUCUUAAUUUACUUUAUUGUGUAGAAUAUUUGAUAUGUAAUUAUGUUCUUAUAGUCUCAUACUUUUAUAGUUUUUUGUGUUAGGAAAACAUAGACCGAAAUAAAAAUUGAAGAAAACUAAAAUGAUUAAGAAUAAGUUAUCCUCAUGUUUAAAUCAUAAUACAUAUAUUAAUAACUAUUAGUAAAAUGAUUAUGCGGGCAAAACAACUAGUUUUAUAUUAUUGUAUAACUAGUUUUACCUAAUUUCCGGACAUGACAAUUAAGGAUAUCAAUGUAUAAAAUAAUUACUAAGGUUUCAAAUAUUUAUAAACUGCACCACACCGCAAUUUCUAGUAAAAAAAUAUAUUUCUACGUAUACCUACAUAUAGUUUAUAUAGUUUUUGUUACUAUUACGACUGUAAUAUACCGCAAAAGCACUAACACUUCGUUCGAAUCAUUGACAAAGAUUCGUUUUUAUUUUAUGGGAAUAUGGAUGGAAAUGGAAUCUUACAUAUAGAAUCUUAGGACUUAAUGUUUUAGGUGAGAUCAAUAUAAAAAUACGUCAUGAUCCUGGUGGACAACUAUAAAAAGACUAUAAGAGAUCACAACAAAGAAAAUGGAUCCACUUAAAUAUAUAAACUAGUAGUAUUAACUAUUAAGUCUUAAAAAUAACUAUGGUCUUACGUGAGCACAUGUGGCAGACACGAAAAUGAAGACAACACCAUCAACGGUGCUCGUAUAAACCACAUCUCUCUCUCUAGAGUCGAUUUCAAAUUGGGCUCCAUUUCAUCUAUUUCCACACCACUAUUGCUUGUCCUCUUCUUCAAUUAGUAGUAGUACUUGCUCAGGAAAUAGAUCUAUGUGUUGAUCUCUAUGUGAGUUGAUUUAAUUUGGAUGACAAAAUGGACCCGUUAAUCUUUGCAAUUGUUAUCUUUACUAGUCAUGGUUGUAACUUGUAAGAGAUCAUCUUAUCAGGAUUUCAACAUGAUGAAGAUCCACUUGAAAACUAAAGUAGGGUAAAAGUUAUGAAAACAACGUUGAUGUUCGAUAUUAAGCAUCUGAUAUCUUAAAUUUGCGAGGUUUCUUGGAGACGGGAUAGAUCCAAACACUCUGUUAUGACGGGAUCGACGACAACAGAAUCUCAACUUUAUUUUUUUGUCCAAUUUUUUUUAUUUUUUUUUGGAUUGGUCCAAUUUUUUUAUUUUUUUGCAUAAACUAACAUGAAAACAUUAUGCUUAAUGCUUUGUCAUAAUAGCAAAAGUGUGAGCUUAAAGAAUAUGCAAUAUCUUAGUUGUACUGGACUUUUAAAAGUAUAACUACUAAUAUACAGUUUAGAAGCUUCAUUAACCAAUCAACAUAUAAAACUUACAAAGCUAGCCAAUACAAUACAAUACAUAUAAGGGGAGUACUCGUGUUCCUUGAUACUAACCU